AGCCAGCAGCAGACAUCAACCUCCACCUCUUACCCUCAUCCAGGACCUGCCUCAAUCUUCCUCUCGGAUUCCACCAUGACACCUUGGGGAGGGCUGGCUUUGUCAGAAUCUUCUUUUACAUCCAUCCCCCAACCUCCGCCUCCACGGCCUCCUCCAUCUCUCCCCCCUCCUGCUCCUCAGCCAACGCCUUCAAGCCCAUAUCGACGCAGACAGAACGAAGAGGUUUCAAGUUCCAGUUUCAACUCUGAGGUUCCGUCUCCGCCUGUUGUGGUCCCUCAGAGCCAUACAGGCGGAGCGGUGAGAGGGUUCCGGCAACGGCGGAAGAUUCUGCCCCAGCGUCGGGUGCCCCGUCCUCCCCGUCUCCCACCGCUGCAUCCCGUCACCAACCUGAGCUUCUCACGCAGCUUCACCUUCUCUUUCUUUGAGCUGCCGCUGCACCAGUCACCGCGCCAUCGGGCCGAGCGCAUCAGAAACCUCAUGCUGCUUUUGAAACAGAUACACUUCUGAAGAAUCACUUCUUCAAAACAAAUGUUCCUUGAUUUGUUUGUCCAUUUAUAUUCUAAUGGGGCCUCCGUUUUCUAAAACAUAUGCUAAUCUAAGUGCUACAUUUUAAAUGUAUCGUCGUUAUUUGUUUCCAUCAAAUGUAAUACAGUUAGGAAAGUUUCUGUAUUUUCUGUAAAGAAUGGGAGCUCCUUGGGGAUCUUCACAUUUUCAAUAAUAUUUUGAAUUCCCAAUUUGGUAUUCAAAUUUGAAAGGAAAAUCUCCCCUCUCUAUAUCCUAUAUGACCUCUAAACUCAAACUUUGGGCAGUGUUUUGACUUUUUUUGACUUUCAAUUUCUCUUAACUCUUCCUUUCUUUCUUUCUUUCUUUCUUUCCUUUUUUUACAAUCCUGGGAUCAAACAUUCAUUAUGGCAUUGUUGGUGACUCACAUACAUUUCUGUUUCUCUACUGUGGUGAGAUUAAAGGACAAUAAAAACCAGUACAGUGAGAUUAAAGGGCACUUUUUUUUCAUUAUCUCUCUCUCGUCUCUUCUCGUCUAAAUUGAUGAGGCAAUCUUCAUUUCCCUCAUAUGGACAGCGCUGAGCAAAAUGGCCUUUCUCCCAACAUGCAGCCUCAUCUGGCUGUUGGCCUGGACGAAACACAGCUGGAUGUCCUUGGGGAACGGGUAGGAAAGGAGCCCCUGACAGUUUUGGAGAGAGUGAAGGCACAGUGUUGGUGUUCUGGUCCUAGGUUGAAGAGCUUACUGCUGGGCUUUUUCCCUGUGCUGUCAUGGCUUCCUCGCUACUCCAUCAAAGAAAAUGCUAUUGGAGACUUGGUGUCUGGAAUCAGCGUUGGGGUCAUACAUCUACCACAGGGUAUGGCCAACGCCAUGUUGGUAGGAGUUCCUCCAGUGUUUGGUCUCUACACCUCCCUCUAUCCUCUGAUCAUCUACUUCAUCUUCGGCACUUCCAAACACCUCUCCAUGGGUACUUUUGCUUUACUAGCCAUCAUGCUUGGGUCAGUGACAGCCAACGUGGAGUUGCUAAGCAACGGUUCUGAAGAGAGUAAGAUUGAUGUGGAAGCAGCCAAAAUCAACAUGGCUGUCCAAAUCACCUUCCUUUGUGGCCUUAUUCAGCUCCUGCUGUACCUGCUGCAAGGAGGCGGCGUGUGUCGCUGGUUGUCUGAUGCUGUAAUCAGAGGAUACACCACAGCAGCAGCUCUGCAUGUUAUCAUCCUGCAACUGCCGCUGAUGACUGGAAUAGCUGCUCAGAGAUACACUGGACUGUUGGCUUCAUCUUGGACUCUAAAGGAUGUUCUGCUUGGAGUAACCUCUGCUGUACCCGGGGCCCUGACAGUCUCUGGGGUUUCCAUGGUGAUACUCAUCGGAGGCAAGAUGCUGAAUGAGCGUUUUAAAAACAAGAUUCCUAUAGCCAUACCGUGGGAACUUAUACUGAUUGUCCUGGGCACCAUCCUGUCUGUGCAGAUGGAUCUGUCAGGACAGCACAGAGUCCAGGUGGUGGGACACAUACCCAGUGGCCUGUCUCCUCCAGUCCUUCCCUCUCUUUCUCAGGUCAGAGAGCUGUUUAUUCCAGCUCUAUGUGCUGCUCUGGUUGGCUUCAGUUUCCUCUCGGCAAUGGGCUCAGUGUUCGCCCGCAAACACAGCAGUCACGUGGACCCCAGUCAGGACCUGCUGGCUCUGGGUUUGUGUAACACCAUAGGAGCAAUGUUCCAGUGCUUCGCUGUCAGCUGCUCCUUCUCUCGCAGCAUGGUCCAGGAUAGUACUGGAGUCAAAUCACAGAUGGCAGGAUUGGUAUCAGCUUUGGUGAUUUUAACCAUUUUGCUGAAGAUCGGUCACCUCUUUGAGCAGCUGCCAAAGGCAGUGUUGGCAGUGAUCAUCACGGUGAACCUGCAGGGGAUGCUGGCUCAGUUCAAAGAUGUGUGUGUGCUCUGGAAGGCUGACAGAUUAGACCUGCUGGUGUGGACGGCAUCACUGCUCUCCACGCUGGUCUUUAACCUGGACUUGGGUCUGGCCGUGGCUGUCGUCUUCUCUCUACUCACACUCAUCUACAGGACACAACACUCCUCCUCUGUGGUGUUGGGUCGUAUUCCUGGUACUGACUGUUACAGAGAUAUGGGGCUGUACACCCAGGCACAAAAGGUUCCUGGUGUGACGAUACUCUCCUGUUCCAGCCCAAUUUACUUUGCCAACUCUGAAGUGGUCUUCACAGAGAUCAGACAGGCGGUGAGUCGUGGUCAGAAGGAGAACCCAGCAGGAGUCCACAGCGCUGGUUUGUCCUCCUCCCCCUCCUCGUCCUCAGCCCAGAUGUGGACAGACACUCAUUGUUUGGUGCUUGAUCUCAGCUCGGUUAACUUCAUGGACUCAACUGCUAUGAAAUCAUUUUGCAAGGUUAUGGAAGACUUGGAGGUCCACGGUGUCAGUGUGUUCCUCGCUACAUGUCCAGAGAACAUUUCCUCCCAGCUCCAGUCUCAGGUUUGUAUACCAGACGUCCUGCCUGGCUCUCGUCUCUUCCCAUCAGUCCAUCACGCCGUCCAGCGCUGCCUCAGCAUAAUGCCCACGCCUCUACAGGAAAUCAACUCAGAAAGUCGAUGUUGAACCUACAACAUGAAUGCUGCUUUUACACGUUACUAACAGAACAGUUCAGUGAUCUCUUUGAUAUAAAGGAUGUUGAGACAUCAUAAAGAUCAUUUCUAACUAUUUUUAUUUAGAUAAAAGUCAUUUACAGCUGAACAGUUUGUACAGUUUAUGUCUUUACUAGUCACAUAUUUUGAGAAAAUAAACAUUAUUUUCCAUAA